AGGCAGCUGUGAAACACCGCCCCAGCACCCCAGCUCCGACAGUUCGAUGUCGGGGCACAGCCUGCCCCUGGAUCUGCUGCUAUUCCGCCACGGGGCAGCUUGCCAUGACUUGCUCGUUACCACUUGCCUUUCCGGGCAUCUGUCGGCUGGAGGACGGCAUGUUGUCACUGCCACCACCUGGGAAGGCGUAGAUCGAGAGGUUUGGUACCUUGGAUGAAUGGGAUGAAUCGCGCUUUGGGUGGACACCACCAGCGCAAAAAAUAUUUCGAUGCAUAACCAAAAUUUCCGUAAUGUAAGCAGAUCCCUCACUCUCGUUGAUUAUGCCCGCCAAAUUCGGCAUAAUCGACAUCGAAAGAAUGCACGACCAAGAUUGAAGAAACAAAUACAACAACAAACAAACAACCAACCCUCUUGCAGAUAGAAGCCGUCGCCACAAUGGGUGUCGAGGCCCAAGAGCCAGGCAGCGCUGCUAGGCUCUGUCUGAGAUGCAAGGAGCAAAAUGCUCUCUACGAAAUCCGCUCAGAGCCUGCCUGUGGAGCAUGCUUUGCCGCCUUCGUUAGGGUCAAGGUGGCCAAGAGAUUCGAGGUGGUGGAUCGGGAGAGCCGGAGCAAGGUCGGUCGGGGGACGGCGCACUAUCUCAUCGGCCUGUCCUUGGGCCCGUCCUCGUCCGCCAUGGUGAACAUAUUCGACGAGCUGGACGAGCGGUCCUCCAAGAAGCAACGGCCCGUGUCGUCGAGCUUCCGUAUCGUCCACGUCGACACGUCUCUCGUCGACCCCCCGUCCACUAGUCCAUCCCGGCAACUGGGUCGUUGGGAGGCCGCUUACCCUCGCUUCACCUUUGAGACCGUGCCUCUUACCGCGGCCUUCUCUCUGCCCAGCAUCGACUGGCAUUCCUUGCCCCGCCUAAACCCCGAUCUCCCGCCCGACGCACGGCUCCGCGACCUGUUUGACAGGUUGCCGUCGUCAACGUCCAGGGCAGAUGCUACCCGGCUUUUUGUACGACACAUCCUGAUAUCAGCGGCUGCAGCCCACGGCUGCUGCGCGCUGCUUUUGGGGAACAACACCACGUCUCUGGCAGCCUUGACGCUCGCCGAGACGGCAAAGGGACGUGGGUUCUCCCUGCCCUGGCUGACGAACGACGGCGCCCAUCCUGUGAUGGCCCCGAAUUCUGGCCAGGAUCGGGAGGAGGCCGCGACCACCAGCCAAGUCGUUCAUUUCCCCUUGCGCGAACUGUACCGCAAGGAGCUCGUCACCUACGCGGGGCUUGUGGAGAUGGGCAAAGACAAAGACCUCAGAAUCUACGGCUAUGAGCGCUCGUCCGGCUCCAUCGUGUCACACAAGGAUCAAAGCAUAGACGAUGUCAUGGCUCGGUACUUUGAAGAUAUCGAACUGAGCUACCCAUCCGUCGUCGCGAAUGUCGUCAGGACUACAGCCAAGCUUUCGAGGGGUGAGCCCCGCCAGCCCUGCGGGCUCUGCGGGGCAGCCAUCGACCUGACUGGGAAUCAGACGUGGAAAGGCGAAAUGGGUGAUGUCACGACGGAUAUUUCAUCCUCGGCCUCGGCCCGGCCUGACCAUAAGCUUUGCUAUGGUUGUGAUAGGUCUAUAAAUGGCUGAUAUGUGCCGAGCAAAAAAAAGGGAAGAAAACGCUUUGGAGCGCCCUUUUGGAUUAAACUUUUGAUACGCCAUCCCUCCUAUCCAACGCCAGUAAUGCGUGCCUAGCGAAGGCACGGUGAACGAAACCUUGCAGGAUGGUAUAUGGAAAGCCGGAAUAUGCCGUGGGAUGUCAUCACAUCGAGGUGCGGCGUAUAUACUGCAUUCCUCGCACCGUCUGGGUCGCCCUAUCAAGGGUAUCGAAAAACGAUGGUGGUUGGCACGAGGCUAUGAGCUCUUGAGCUCCUCUUGCGGAAGUAUACGCGCCUCCAACCUUCUCAUCAACUUGUUGGUCUGUUCCGCCAAGCUGAGUGUGAGGAUGGUGUGUGGUAGGAUUCGCGCCAGAUGUGGCAGGAAACCCUUGUAAAUGGCAAAAACGCCCUCUGUCUUGACAGUUUUUGCAAAACAGUCAAAUACGCCACUGUAGAGGUUGCCCGUUUGGUUGUACAGGCGAGACAUGAUGGUGUCUGCGGUGGGGAAGGGGGCUAGUCAGAAGGCUGGCGUUUUUUUUUUUUUUUCGUUUGUUCGACCAAGCCGCCGGCUUGUUGAGACUCACCAGGGGGAUGCAUCACGCAGCACACAACAAACCCGCUGGCCGUACUGCUGGCGAGAUGAAGCGCCGGUCCUUCC